CAAAACAAUUACAUUUGCUAACUUGCUAUUCCUUUGAUUGAGAUUUUAUUCUAGGAAAUAAAAUUUUGACACUCAUUUUUUUAAAGUUAAUUUAGAGAAAUAUUUUCCAAACUCAAAUUUUGAUCAAAUGGCUUCUUCUCGUGUAGUUUUGAUCCUUUCUAUUUCCAUGGUUUUACUUUCAUCAGUUGCAAUUGCAACUGAUCACAUUGUUGGUGAUGACAAGGGUUGGACCGUUGAUUUUGAUUACACUCAGUGGGCUCAAGACAAAGUUUUUCGUGUUGGAGACAAUCUAGUUUUCAACUAUGAUCCGGCAAGGCACAAUGUUUUCAAAGUAAAUGGCACACUCUUUCAAAGCUGCACUUUUCCACCAAAAAAUGAAGCACUUUCUACAGGAAAGGAUAUCAUUCAACUAAAAACAGAAGGAAGAAAGUGGUAUGUUUGUGGAGUUGCUGAUCACUGUUCGGCUCGUCAAAUGAAGUUGGUCAUCACUGUUCUAGCCGAAGGUGCACCUGCUCCUUCUCCACCACCUUCUUCUGAUGCUCACUCUGUUGUUUCAUCUCUGUUUGGAGUUGUCAUGGCAAUCAUGGUUGCAAUUGCAGUCAUCUUUGCAUGAGAGACUUAGGAAGCUUUAUAUUGUUAUUAAUACAAGUAUUUGUGUUAAUCUUUUGGCAAUAUAUAUUGCUAUAUUUGUUUGAAUUUUUUGAAUUAUAUGAUUAUUUAUGUUAA